AAGCGGAACUUUGCAGCCCCGGAACCCCGGCACUCAGCCUCUCAGAGCCGGCGGAGGGAGAUCGUGUUUACACCGCGGUGUAGGACCGGCCGGUGGAGACGUCAGAGGCCACCGGGAAUCCCCGGAGAUCGGAGCGGGCGGAGAGGCCGGGGAGAGGAUGGCGGAGAGUAUUACGAUCCGCAUUCAGUCUCCGGAUGGAGUGAAACGCGUCACUGCGAGCAAACGUGAGACCGCCGCGACAUUUCUCAAAAAGGUAGCGAAAGAAUUCGGUUUUAGGAAUAACGGCUUCUCUGUGUAUGUGAACAGAAACCGGACAGAAGAAAUAUCAGCGAGUCCAAACAAGUCUCUUCACCUCCUGAAAAUCAAACAUGGGGACAUGCUGUUCCUGUACCCGUCGGGCCUCGCUGGGCCGUCCUCUGAGGUCAUGGAUACGUCCGCGGGGCUGCAGGCCGCACGACCGGCAAGUUCGCCUCAAGUGACGGAAGACGAGAUUGACCAGUAUCUGCUGAAACAGGAGGGGAAGAUCUACAGAAACAAAGACCCCCAGCUAUGUCGGCAUGGCUCUCUUGGAAAAUGUGUGCACUGCGUCCCAUUGGAGCCAUUCGAUGAAGAUUAUCUGAACCAUCUGGAGCCCCCAGUCAAACAUAUGUCUUUCCAUGCUUACAUCAGGAAGCUGACAGGAGGCGCUGACAAAGGGAAAUUUGUGGCCUUGGAAAAUAUCAGCUGCAAGAUCAAGUCUGGUUGUGAGGGGCACCUACCGUGGCCGGAGGGCAUCUGUACCAAAUGCCAGCCCAGCGCCAUCACCCUCAACCGACAGAAAUACAGACACGUGGAUAACAUUAUGUUCGAGAAUCACACCAUCGCCGACCGCUUCCUGGACUUCUGGCGCAAGACCGGCAAUCAGCACUUCGGCUACUUGUACGGGCGAUACACCGAACACAAGGACAUCCCUUUGGGUAUCCGGGCUGAGGUGGCCGCCAUCUACGAGCCUCCACAGAUUGGAACUCAGAACAGCCUGGAACUGCUGGAUGAUCCGAAGGCAAAAGUGGUGGAUGAGAUUGCAGCCAAACUUGGAUUAAGAAAGGUCGGCUGGAUAUUCACAGACUUGGUAUCAGAAGACACCAGGAAAGGGACGGUCCGCUACAGCAGGAACAAGGAUGCGUAUUUCCUGAGCGCGGAAGAAUGCAUCACCGCCGGCUUCUUCCAGAACAAGCACCCCAACAUUUGCCGCCUCUCACCGGACACACAUUUCGGCUCGAAGUUUGUGACCGUAGUGGCUACAGGCGGCCCCGAUAACCAAGUGCACUUUGAGGGGUACCAGGUGUCCAAUCAGUGUAUGGCGCUGGUACGGGAUGAGUGCCUCUUGCCGUGCAGAGACGCUUCGGAGCUGGGAUACGCCAAAGAGUCGAGCAGCGAGCAGUAUGUUCCCGACGUCUUCUAUAAGGACGUGGACAAGUUCGGUAAUGAAAUCACCCAGCUAGCCCGGCCUCUGCCUGUAGAGUAUCUGAUCAUCGAUAUCACCACCACUUUCCCCAAGGAUCCGGUCUAUACAUUCUCCACCUCAUCCAACUUGUUUCCCAUCGAGAACAGAGAAACCUUGGGUGAAACUCAGGACUUUCACAGUCUGGCCAACUACCUGUCCCAGAAUCCAUCCACCGUUUUCUUGGAUAUCAUCUCAGACUUCCACCUACUAUACUUCUUGGUCACCAAUGAGGUGAUGCCUCUACAGGACAGUAUUAGUCUGCUGCUGGAGGCGGUGAGGACCCGGAACGAGGAGCUGGCACAGACAUGGAAGAAGUCGGAGCAAUGGGCGACCAUCGAGCAGCUGUGCAGCACAGUUGGAGCACAGCCGUCGGAGCUUCAGGAUUUCGGGGCUAGUGGGGGAUCAGCACACGCCGCCUCUUCCUCCUCCAUGUGGUCCUGUCUGCACUGCACCUUUAUGAACAAAGCCGGCACAGAUCAUUGCGAGAUGUGCCAGCUUCCCCGAACCUAAGACCGCUAACCACAGGGGGGGGGGAGGGGCAGGGCCAGAUGGACCUCCUCCGAGGAGCUGUCCUUUUUGCAAGUACAUUUCCAGCAAGCCCCCCACUCUCUGCUGCGUUGCCUGUAGGGCUGUGUGACGGAGGAGUCUUUGAGCGUGUCCACUCUUACGGGGGGUUGGGGGGGAGCCGAGGGUAGUUUGUAGAGAACCAAAGCUUACUCGCCCGGCCGUGCGGCAAGCCCGUAGCGGGUUGGGAGGGAGGCGGCCAAUGAAAUGUCUUCUUCUUUUCCAACCUUUUGCUUAUUGAACUGCCUUCAUCUCUGACAUCGACCACCGGGCCUAGCAUUGUAACACAUUCCUGUCUUUAUUUUCCUACCCACCAAUGAAAGCAACCAGAGAGCGCAAUGUGUUACCUAGAUUUCUCUGAAGAUGAAGCCGAAUCCAAGGCUGCCUCAUCCUGCACCACACAGUAACCUAUCGCCAUAUUGGGUACAAAAAAAAAAAAUGGCUUCAGUAAAAUGUUUGGUUGCAGCCACCAUUUAAUAUGCCCUGCAAGUAUUACUUUCUUCUGAAAACUCUCACCGCAAACAAUAUUAAAGAGGAACGUCAUGUUUAAGUUCUGGAUUGGA